CCGAUGCUCAGUCGUCCUUAUCGUUCGUCCUCAGUGCAGGGUAACGCUUACAUAUCUCAUCUUAAAAAAGCAGUUCACAUUUUCAGGUCUUACAUCAGUUGAAAAGCCUGUCAGGUUCUGAGACCACAAAAAGGAGUACGCGGUUCCGCAGACAUAUAAAAAGAGUUCCUGGCAGUUGAAGGUCCCAUUCACCAUGGAAGUGAUAGUGCGUCGAUGCCCAUUUUUGGCCAGUGUCCCUCAGGCUUUCUUCCAGCAGACAAAGAAGUCUCUGGUCACAUAUGCUCAACGAUGCCCCAUUAUGAUGGAGCUCGCUGCUAAACCCAUGGCCCCUUCCAUGGCACGGGCCCUCUGCUCCUCAUCGUCUCAUCAGCAGAGUGGUUCAAAUAACGUUGAAGGUGAAGAAGAAAGAAGGAUCCAAAUAAAAUAUUCUCCCUAUCAUGCUGGAACACUGCAAAUAAACUGGAAAUCUUUCCCUCUUGCAGCUCCUAAACAAGAAGAGGAGUCAAAACUGCCUUCUGGCCAUCCCAUGCCAUCUCAAGGCCAAAACGUGGCCUCAAAAUGCCCCUUUCUGGCUGCUGAAAUGAAGCAGAAGAACAGCGCUGUGUUCCGUCAGGUUGCCAUGGAGUUCCAGGAGGAUGUACAGGAAGUGCGCACCGUCCAGAAAGCUAAAGUUUCAUCCACCCAGUUGAAGGAGACAUCCUUGGCCAGUACCAAAAAAGCAGAGGAGCAGUCAAACCUAAUGAAGACCCUCCUGAAGCAGCGCCCUAAGAGAGUCAGCCACUUGCUUCAGGACAACAUGCCUGGAAGAAUGUCCCGUUUCCAGUACGAUGACUUUUUUGAGAAGAAAAUUGAGGAGAAGAAGAGCGAUCACACGUACCGCGUGUUUAAGACGGUGAAUCGUCUGGCCACGGAGUUUCCGAUGGCUGACGACUUCACUGGCUCUUUGGAGGACAAGAGGGAGGUGUCCGUCUGGUGCAGCAAUGACUACCUGGGCAUGAGUCGACACCCUCAAGUUGUGCAAUCCAUAAUGGAUACUUUACAAAAGCAUGGCUCAGGGGCAGGGGGUACCAGGAAUAUCUCUGGAACCAGUAAAUUCCAUGUGGAGCUGGAGCAGGAGCUGGCUGACCUGCACAAGAAGGAUGCUGCGCUGCUUUUUACUUCCUGUUUCGUCGCCAACGACUCUACCCUUUUUACUCUCGCAAAGAUGCUGCCCGGUUGCGAGAUCUACUCUGAUGGGGGAAACCAUGCCUCAAUGAUCCAAGGCAUCAGGAACAGCGGAGCCAAGAAAUUUGUAUUCCGCCACAAUGAUGUUGCUCACCUCCGAGAGUUGCUGCAAAAGGGAGACCCCAGCAAACCAAAGAUUGUGGCUUUUGAGACAGUCCAUUCCAUGGACGGAGCUGUGUGUCCCCUGGAAGAGAUGUGCGACCUGGCUCACGAGUUUGGCGCCAUCACCUUUGUGGAUGAAGUCCACGCCGUCGGCCUGUACGGGGCCAGAGGAGGGGGCAUCGGUGAUCGGGACGGCAUCAUGCACAAGAUGGACAUCAUUUCAGGGACUUUAGGCAAGGCCUUUGGCUGUGUGGGUGGCUACAUUGCUAGUACCUCCGCCCUGGUAGACACGGUGCGCUCCUACGCUGCUGGCUUCAUUUUCACAACCUCUUUGCCACCGAUGUUGUUGGCCGGAGCCCGGCAGUCCAUUCAAAUCCUCAAAGGGGAAGAGGGCCGUACGCUGAGACGCAAACACCAGCGCAACGUCAAGCUGCUGAGACAGAUGCUGAUGGACUCGGGUCUACCUGUGGUGCACUGCCCCAGCCACAUCAUCCCUAUCCGGGUCUCCAAUGCUGAGAAAAACACGGAGGUAUGUGACAUCAUGAUGAGUCGGCACAACAUCUACGUGCAAGCCAUUAAUUACCCCACUGUAGCCCGGGGAGAAGAGCUUCUGCGCAUUGCUCCAACGCCUCACCACACCCCUGAGAUGAUGAAAUACUUUGUUGAGAGACUUGUUCAGACAUGGAAGGAGGUGGGUCUGGACUUGAAGCCUCACUCGUCGGCUGAAUGCACCUUCUGCCAGCAGCCGCUGCACUUUGAGCUAAUGAGCGAGCGGGAGAAGUCUUACUUUAGCGGCUUAAGCCACCCGAUUUCUGCCUGCGCCUAACACUACUCACUGCUUCUGGCUUGAGAUGGCACAUAACACAUUCAUUCCCUUAUCUCUGUUAAAGAAUGUAUUAAUUAUUAUGGAAGAAGUCUAAUGUGUAUUUUAAUUAUUUUGUUUUAGAUGGUCUAUAAGCUACAAAUAAAAUAUACGAGAAAUGA